AGUGAGAUUUUGUAGAAAAGUAAUAUUGUCUCUUUUUUGUAAUUUCAUAUUCUCUUCGUGCAUAUGGUCUCCAAGGAACUACUCUGAACCAUGCAUGCUUCCAUUCGUAUAAGGUGGUUCACAUUCUUCCAACACCAAAUAAUAAAGGAUCAAGAAUAUAUACAGUGCUCAGAUGCUCUACUCUCAAGCCAAGUGAUUAGUAGAGCAUGAGAAAAUGAUACCCUAGAGAACUGGAUAGCCCUAUCAAGAUUACCAAGUCUCCAUACUGGAAAAGGCUUUGUCGCACCGAGGAGGUAGCCUACUGGUUGUUUCCAUAUAUUGACCUCAACGAAUGCCUCACCUACCUGGAACUGCAGAGAGAGGCGAAGAGGGAGAGAGACGAGGGUUUCUCGCCGGUAACGCCAUCAUCGCCGGCGUUUACAGGCGAGUCUGGUUAGACGCACAGCGGAAAAAGCGAGAGGACGACGAGGGCUUUCAACCACCGUGCAUCACGCGUCCUAGGGUUUGCAUCUCUACGUCUAGGGCUCUCGAAAUUCAGAGGUAAACAGCUCCAAUCCUUCGAUUUUAGCCUUGUAACGUUUAAUCUAAGUUUUAUACUGAGAAUUUGGAGUUUUGGUGUUUGAAAUCUGAAUUUGUUGGCUGAAAUUACUGUUUGUUAGUCCCUGUUGAAGUCGAGAAGCUGUAGGUUGCACUUUGGUUUGAUUUUUGGAGCUUUAAUUCUGUUCAUUAGCUUUUUACUCCUUAUCUCAGUCUGAAAAUGAAUUUUGGAAUCCUUA